UCGGUUCGGCGGCAGCCUUCAGGUAAGCCAAGAUGGGCGCGUACAAGUAUAUCCAGGAGCUAUGUAGGAAGAAGCAGUCGGAUGUGAUGCGCUUUCUUUUGCGGGUCCGCUGCUGGCAGUACCGCCAGCUCUGGGCGCUCCACAGGGCUCCCCGCCCCACUCGGCCGGAUAAAGCGCGCAGACUGGGAUACAAGGCCAAGCAAGGUUAUGUCAUAUACAGGAUUCGUGUGCGCAGUGGUGGCCGCAAACGCCCAAUUCCUAAGGGUGCCACCUAUGGCAAGCCUGUCCAUCAUGGUGUUAACCAGCUAAAGUUUGCAGGAAGCCUUCAGUCUAUUGCUGAGGAGCGAGUUGGACGCCACUGUGGGGCUCUGAGAGUCCUGAAUUCUUAUUGGGUUGGUGAAGAUUCCACAUACAAAUUCUUUGAGGUUAUCCUCAUUGAUCCAUUCCAUAAAGCUAUCAGAAGAAAUCCUGAAACCCAGUGGAUCACUAAACCAGUCCACAAGCACAGGGAGAUGCGCGACCUAACAUCUGCAGGCCAGAAGAGUUGUGGCCUUGGAAAGGGCCACAAGUUCCACCACACUAUUGGUGGUUCUCGCGGUGCAGCUUGGAGAAGGCGCAAUAACCUCUAGCUCCACCGUUUUCGCUAAUAUAAGUAUGAUGUUUGUAAAGUUCAUACCUAAUAAACAAUUUAGGACAGUCAUGUCUGCUUAAA